AUGUACUUCUUUCUCAUUCAUUUGUCCUUCAUAGAUGGCAUCUUCAGCUCUGUCACCACCCCCAAAAUGAUCAUUGACCUGCUGUACCAGAGGAGAACCAUCUCCUGGGGUGGCUGCCUGACUCAACUCUUUCUGGAGCACUUCCUGGCAGCAUCAGAAGUCACUGUUCUCAUAUCCAUGGCCUAUGACCGCUACAAGGCCAUCUGCAAGCCUCUGCACUACACGACCAUCGUGAGACAGGGGCUCAGCAAGCUCCUGGUGGCGGUGGCCUGGAUCAGAGGGAUCUUACAUGCCACCAUGCAGAUGUUAUUCACUGUGGACUUGACCUUCUGUGGCCCCAAUAUUAUUAACCACUUCAUGAGUGAUUUCUUUUCACUGUUGGAAAUUGCAUGCAGCAACACUUACAGGCUGGGAAUGGUAGAGGCCACUAACAGUGGGGAUGUCUCUUUGACCUCAGUCACCACCUCCAAAUUAAUUACUGACCUGCUGUACCAGAAAAGAAUCAUAUCCUGGGGUGGCUGCCUGACUCAGAUCUCUUUGGAACACUUCCUGGGAGGAUCAGACAUCGUCAUCAUCAUCAUCAUGGCCUAUGACCGCUAUGUCACCAUCUGUAAGCCUCUGCCCUUACACGACCAUUAUGCGACAGGAGCUCUUGACAUUGACCACUUGGUGUGUGAUUUCUUCUCACUGUUGAAACUGGCCUACAGGCUUGGAACUCUGGUGGCGGCUAACAACGGGGCCAUGUGCAAGCUUAUUUUUUCCAUGCUCCUCAUCUCCUACAGAGUCAUCCUGGGCUCCCUGAAGUCCUAUGGCUCUGAGGAAUAG